AAGCAAGUUAUUAGCAACUCCUGCAAUUUGUCCCAUUGACUAAAGGGUCCGUGAGCAUUGUCAUAUCUGACUGUGUUACUUUGGAGUAUGGAAAUGGUCCAGUGUGACUCUGCGCUCUCAUACGUCGUACUCAGCGCUCUCUUCAGUGGAUUAGUCAUUCACAAAAUAAUCAGAAACAAGGUAAAGAUAGAAAAUUCUGCUGUGUCUUGUCUACUGUCCCUGCUCUUACUGGAGAUCAUCUGCUGCUGCGUCCUGUGCAGCCAUCUGGGUCUCACUCUAUUCAUCCUGGCAUGUGCUUUCUAUUACAUCUCUAUACCUGUCCGGAGGAUGCUGCCACCUCAAGGCAAGGUUGUGCUCAUCACAGGGUGUGAUUCGGGAUUUGGGCAUGCACUAGCUAAGCACUUGGAUGAACUAGGUGCUCUUGUCUAUGCCGGAGUUUUGGAUAAGAAAGGCCAAGGUGCUAAAGAACUAAGAAGGGUUUGUUCUCCAAGACUAUCUAUAAUCCAACUUGAUGUCACAAACCCAGAACAGAUAAAGACUGCCUACAAUGAAAUCAAAAGUCAGGUGCAAGAUGCAGGUCUCUGGGGUAUUGUGCAUAAUGCAGGGGUUCUUGGCUACAUGGCAGAUGGAGAAUUGCUGCCCAUUAGUGUCUAUAAGCAAUGCAUGGAUGUGAAUUUUAUUGGAGUUGUUCAAGUUACAAAGAUAUUUAUGCCCUUACUAAGGAAAGCCAAGGGAAGACUUGUGACCAUAUCCAGUAUGGCAGGACACACUCCAAUUCCUGGGUUUGCAGCUUAUGCAGCAUCUAAGGCAGCUCUGUCCAUGUUUUCUGCAGUGAUGCGCCAAGAUCUCUUAAAGUGGAGUGUAAAAGUAUCCGCUAUCCACCCAAGUGGCUUCAAAACAAAUAUUUUUGGAUCUCAAGAACACUGGUCAAGUCAAGACCAGAAUAUUCAAGAUAAUAUCAUGCCAGAUGUCAAAGAAGAUUAUGGGGAGGAAUACCUGGCAAGUUUGAAGGAUCUUCACCAUACAAUGUCUACAGUUACCUCCCCAGAUCUAUCCCCUGUCCUGGAGGAUGUGUGUCACGCUCUUCUGGCUCAAGAACCCUACGUCUCCUACACCCCGGGCCAGUGUGCAUAUCUCAUCCCUUGUUUGUUCCACUAUUUCCCUCUCUGGGUUUAUGAUUGCUUUGCAAAACAAACUUUUCAAAUCCACCAGAAUAUCCUACCAAGAUCCCUGCGGAUAUCCAAGGCUAAUAAUAAAACAGACUAGAGCUUCCAUGAUGAUGAGUGGACAAUUUUUACAAAAAUAUGGCUCAUCCGUGAUUUAAUCUGGUUCACAGAUCUGAAUUAUUUUUAAAACUUCCCAUAUGAUCAAUGCAAGGGCCAGGAUUGGAAAAAUCAUAUGACUGUAGAUAUGUACAUAUGUCAUAUGGCCAUUCCAGUAACUAAUAACAUGAAGGAUCAUUUUGUUAAUGAGGAGCAGAAAAUUUAGCAUUUUUUUUAAUAUACAUAUUUUUUUUAGAAAAUAGAAGUGGUGCAUUCUCUAGUAGUAAAUUGUAAUUACAUAUCACAAUACUUGUCCUGUUUAUUUUACUUUUGUAACAUAAAGCUUUACUACGUGACAAAGUUUUAAUUGUUGCCAUAAUCGAAACAUAUAUUAUGUAAUCUCUGGUGUCAGAUGACAGAAGUGAGGUUAAAACUUGUACUUGAUCAAGACUACUGAUACCAUGGUGGACUGUGAGUGGUCCAGGGCUCUUUGCCUGGUAAACCAAAUGUGGUUGCCCAGUACGGGAUGGUGUUUCUCUGUACUUCACUGCCCUAUCAGACAGUGUCCCCAGGGCCCCCUGAAGUUGUUUCCCCCAUGUAAAUAGGUUAUGUAUUAUAUUGUGUAUUGUAUUAAUAAAUGUACCAUGUGAUUGUUACCCAGGAGGUUCUAGUGACCAGCUGACCCCAAAGGUGACCUAUGGGCUCCCUGCUAGUCUCCCCCAUAUAAGCCCUGGGUGGAGCUAGUCUCACUCUCUCUUUGAGCUCUGCUCUCUCUUUGUGCUGAGGUCCAGUCCAGUCAUGCCUAUAGUGUGUGUCCAGAGCAGUGGAGGCCUCAAGUCAAGUUCUGCAGCCUCAAGUCAAGUCCUGCAGCCACAAGUCAAGUCCUGCAGCCUCAAGUCAAGUGCAAGUAAGCUGAAGUGACUGUCCUGUCAGUCAAGUCAAGUCUUCUGUCUACUCAACGUGGCCUGCGCAAAAUUCUCUUGUCUACUACAAGUCCCAGCAAACCUGCAAGGUUUCUGUGUCACUGGUCCCCUCCUUGGGCCCUGGCUGUACUGCAUAGACUAUAACAAUUGUCUACCGUCAGUAAAGUUACCGUUGUCCGUAACAUUGCAUCGGUGUCUUAAUUGCCCCAGUGCCUAGCCCAGGAUCCAGCGGUAUACCUUCAGGUGGUUAAGGCUAAACCAUGCCCUGGCAUCACAAACACAAGUGGUUAAUACCGCCUGUCCCUAGGGUAACAACACCUGCCCUGCACCACACACCCCGCCGCCACCACAACUUUUGGCGUCACGAACAGGAUACGGGUGUGUGCCUUAUGGCACAAGUCCUCCCCCCUCUGAACUGUGUCCAGUAUUGUCUGCAAGAAAAUUGCAUGCCGAUGCGAGUAAAGUUUGCGCCAGAAAGUGUACGGGACUUUGUCUGUGGAAAGUUUUUUACCCGAGGCACUUGUGAAAUAGAGGUGAAGAAAAGACUGUCAUCUGUUAUUGAGGAAAACUCUGAAGUCGUGAACAUUAUGUGCAAAAUUUGUACUGAAGCAAUGUUAAGUGCCAAGAUGUCUGCCGUCAUACCUGAAAGGGUUAAUCUGUUGGAAGAAAAGCGCACAAAAGGAUCCCGCCAUGGCCAGCGCCCCGCCUUCGGGCAUUGAAGUAAAGUCGCAGUUCCUAGUCCAGGUGGAACUUGAAAUGUCUUCCCCUUGUUGCUAGGCCCUGCUGAUGAUGAAAUUCUGGCCUGCAGCCAUUUUGCUGGAGACCAGUUUAAGAAGCGGAGUGGAGCUCGACCUCUUCAAUCUUGCAGAAGUUCCUGGUGAGAGCAAGAAGAUGGUGGAUGCACAGCAGACUACCCAAGCAGAGAGUCCCAAGAUGGCGUCGGAGACCAAAAGUGUCACCACGGCGCACAUUUUUCAGGCAUUAGCGGACCGUCUUCAAAAGGUCUCCCACGGGGCUGAGGAGGCCUGAUGUCAUGACCCGAGUUAAGGGCGCAGAGGAGAAGGAAGUAUGGCCCUAAAGUUAUGCCAUAUGAAGUUCGACAAGUCCAGCAAGAGGACAUCAAGAGCCUUGAUGCCUUAUAUAUCAGAAGGCUAGAACAACCCCAAGAGGGAUAGCCACCCCUAGAAUGGCGAAGAGCUACAGUCAUCAAGUUUGAUAGAGUGAGGGGAUAUGGCACAAUAAUGGACUGCCACCAUGGUGGUACUAUUCUGGUCAACAGGAGAGCGGUGAAGAGAGACUACCUCCCUUCACCGCUACACUCCCUAGAGAGCGACGAGAUUGUAGAAUACACCCCUAUACAGAGCCUGUGAGGGGAAUGGGCAGCAGCUGUCACCAGGCCCAUGAAUCCUAUGAAAAUCCCCUUCCUUCACCUAUUUCCCCCUCUGAAGAUUGGGACUCAGAUCCAUUUGGUCUCCUGCCACCAAGCGUCAAGUGGAAGGUCGUCCAAGAGAAAUGGUAUCCUGAGUCAAAUGCUAUGGACCCCAGAUAUCUGCUUGAGGGUCUUCCACAGAUGUGCCCAGGCCUACUCCUGUGGUUGAGGAGCUUUGGCCUAACCAUGGGCACCAACUAAAGUGCCUCUGCCUACUCCUGCUGAGGAGGAGGUUUGGCCGGCCCAACCGGCACCUACACGUGAUCUCCCAGUGGUGCAAGCUGCUGCUGUUCAAGUGGUGGUCACCAUGAGCCCAACCAUCACUGAAUCCAGUUUGUCCCAUGCGUCAUGGGGUACUCAUGUCAGCCCGAUGGAGGGGGCACAGUCUCGUGGUCCUAGGUACAUGUCCCAGCCUAGGAAGCAAGGUGACCUUCGAGGUUGGGAUGGAAAUUUGCCAGGCCACAGUAUUUGAAAAUUACUACUGUUGAGUCGUGAAACUGUGUUCAGAAAUCAUUGUUGUUUUAGGUUUUGCAAAGUUUAAGGAUGUUAUCAUCAAAGUAAUAUAUUUUGUCUAUAAUUUUUGCACAAGUAAACUUUUUUUUAUGUUGUUAUACUGUAAUAAAAUGAGUAUAAUGUUCGUACAGAAAUAGCUAAAGUGUACAGUGUCCUUAUUCAGGUCAACCCAAGGACAACUCCCAGUGAGGUACAGAGAUUAACUCUCGUUAAAAUAAAUACAAGUUAUGUACCACACAUAGUCCAGUAUAGUCAAAACACUAUUACUAAAUUAGUCUAGUCUAAUGUCCAUGUCUAGAUUAGGACUGUAGCCUUAUAUAUUUUCCAGUCCACCCAUAUCUAUAGCGAGUAUG